GUGGCUGUCUGAGACACAGGGAGCCAAACCACGUCAGGGGUUAGCACUACAGCAUGACGCCCCUUUCCCUCAAACAGGAAUGCAGCUGCCACCCCUUCUGUCUGGCUCCGUCAGGACGCAUGCAGCAUCGAGAACGGGAGCCAGCGGCUGGGAGCAGCAAUCUGUGGCCAAACCCACGCAGCGGGCGGCUUCAAGGGCAAAUGGAGAGGCAGAGGCCAGGGUGCAGAGCCGCAGCUGCUGUCCUGGCCGGACCCUUGCUCUCCUCCUUCCUGCAGGCUGCCCGGGUCAGAGCCCUGCAGGGCUUUCCAGCAGCGGAGAACGGGAGCUGGGCUGCCGAGGAAGACCAGGGCAAUGAAUCCUCGGAGCACGCCUUCUUCUCUCUGGAUUACCAACAUGUCCAAGUCCCCUUUGAAAUCACGCUCUGGAUCAUGCUCGCAUCCCUGGCCAAAAUAGGCUUUCAUCUCUACAGCAAGCUGCCCUCUGUCGUCCCAGAGAGCUGUUUACUGAUAUUUGUAGGACUCAUCAUGGGAGGCAUCAUCUACGGCUUAAAUGACAAGUCGCCACCCGUUAUGGACAGUGACAUCUUUUUCCUCUACCUGCUGCCACCCAUCGUCCUCGACGCAGGGUACUUCAUGCCCAGCCGUCCCUUUUUUGAGAACAUUGGCACCAUCCUCCUGUACGCGGUGGUGGGGACGAUAUGGAACGUGUUUGGGAUUGGCUUCUCGCUCUAUGGUAUCUGCCAAGUGAGGGCCUUCCACCUGCAGGACGUCUCAUUGCUCCAUAACCUCUUGUUCGGCAGCCUGAUCGCUGCGGUGGACCCUGUGGCAGUGCUGGCUGUGUUUGAGGAGAUACACGUCAACGAAAAGCUACACAUUUUGGUCUUUGGCGAGUCGCUCCUGAAUGAUGCAGUGACUGUGGUGCUCUACAAGUUAUUUCGCUCAUUCUGUGAAAUGCCAGCCAUCAAAACUGUGGAUGUUUUUGCUGGAGUUGGAAAAUUCUUUGUGGUUGGGAUUGGAGGAGUUUUAGUAGGUCUUACCUUUGGGAUGACGGCCGCCUUUACCACGCGAUUUACCAAGGAUAUCCGUGUAAUUGAGCCGCUCUUUGUCUUCCUGUACAGUUAUCUCUCCUAUCUCACUGCGGAAAUGUUUCACCUCUCUGGAAUCGUGGCCAUCAUUGCUUGUGCCAUGGGCAUGAAACGUUACGUGGAGGCCAACAUCUCUCUGAAGUCUCACACCACAGUCAAAUACUUCAUGAAGAUGUGGAGCAGCGUUAGCGAUACCCUCAUCUUCAUCUUUCUUGGAGUUUCCACCAUUGGAGAAAAUCACGAGUGGAACUGGCCAUAUAUUUGCUUCACUGUCAUUUUCUGUCUCAUUUGGAGAGCACUAGGGGUUCUUGUACUGACCUUCUUCGUGAACAGAUUUCAUGUGAACACCGUCACCAGCAAAGACCAAUUCAUUAUAGCGUACGGGGGUCUCCGCGGAGCCAUUUGUUUCUCUUUGGUUUUCUUGCUUCCUGACUUUCACAGAAAGAAGCUCUUCAUUGCAGCAACUACUGUUGUCAUCCUCUUCACCGUGUUUGUACAGGGGAUGACCAUCCGCCCUCUUGUUGACCUGUUGCACGUCAAGAGGAAAAGAGAGAGUGCUCCCACGGUGGGAGAGCAGAUCCAUAUCCGGUUCCUGGAUCAUUUGCUGGCUGGCAUAGAAGAUAUAUCUGGACACUGGGGACAGUAUUACUGGAAAGACAAGCUAGAGUAUCUCAACAGCAAAUACCUGCAGAAGAUCCUGCUUCGAGAGUAUGACCAGCCAAAAUCAAGUAUUGUGCUUCUCUACGAAAAGCUGGAGCGGAAGCAUGCCAUCGAGCUGGCAGAAGCCGGGCAGCUGGGUCACGCACCGUCUCACCCGUCCUUGCUCAACAGUGACAGGACUGUCAUAACAGACAAAAAGUCGGAGGAUACCCUGGAUCCGGAUGUCCUGGAAAAUAUACAGGAGAUAUUGGCAAGGAACCUGUACCGAAUAAGGAGAACGGGCCCAGCGUACAGCAGGCACAGGCUGCCUGGAGAGACAGAGCCCAUGGAGCAGGCCAAGGAGAUCCUGGUCCUGCAGCGCAGGAGCCUGCGGGUGGACACGGCUGGAAGCGACGGGGCCAGCUCCAGGAGGGAGAAGGAGGACUCCUCCCCGGCGCAGGGCAGCCCCGACGUGCAGCCCAGGCUGUGCCGCUCCCUAACCGUUGGGAAUGCAGAAAAGGUUCAGGCCGUGAAGCAGAACCGAUCGCAGUCCGUGUGUGUCAUCCCACCGCCGCAGCCUGGUGGCACCGCCUGGGGCGAGAAGGAAGAAGCAGAGAAAGAGCUAACCUUGGAUAUGUAAAAGCACAAGUGAUGCUGCUGGCUUCCCAGCAUGGAAGGCUGUUUCAUGGAUGUCUACAAUACAAUCUGCUUUUUUUUUUUUUUUUUUUUUUUCUGUAAUGGAGGCCAGCAACAUGAUGGUAAUGUAAAUAAGAUGCAUAAUGAAAAGGACAGCAUGGACUAGGCAAAAACAUCCUGAGUGAUCUACAUCAAAAUGUGCUCUCGUUGCACAGCACAGUGCUUUUAAAGGGAACCAAGAAAAAGGGAAAAGAUAAACAGACAAGCAGCAGCAAUGCCAGGUAAUGCCUAUGAGGGGAGCUAAGAAAAAUUAGUUUGCUCAGACUGGGAAAAUCACUGAAACUGCCUGCAAGUACAAGGAAAGAUGUUUUAGUAAGAUGAGAUAUUGGGUCUUUUCAUUAGUCAGCAGGGAUAGAAUAAACAGCAGGGAGCAUUUAGAUUAUAUGUUAAGAGAAACUUCAUAAUUUCAAGGAGAGUUUUAUUAGGCAAUGGAGCAUGCUACCAGGAAAGACAGCAGAAACUGCAGAAGACCUCUCCUGCUUCUCAGAAACUGGUGGGUCCUCAAUAUGAGCAUUAACCCUGUGAAUUCCAGGGUCAAAUUGUGUUGUUGAAUCAGGCAGUGUGUCUGAUCCUGUGUCAGGAUUUUUGCUGCCACUACUGAGACUGCAGCGUUGGAGGAGGUUUGAGGCAGUCUCCUAACUAUUAAAUAGAGAGGGGGUCCCCAG